AUGAAGCCAGCGGCGUGGUCCAACUGCGGAUCCAGCGAUGCGUGGAGUCCAGGGCCGGUGAAAGAGGCUGGUGAUGGACAGUUCAUAAGGUCCCGGGCCAGAGAAGAGUGUUUGAAAGGGGAGAUCUCGAUGCGGGCGAGCACAGUCGAUCAGGAGGUUCGUACUGCGCUGCCGCAGAGCCGAUCAGGAGGUGUACUGCGUGUGGGCGCCCCUACUGCCCCGGAGGUUACACUGCGUCUGAAUCUCACGGUGAAGGCCAGCAGCUGCGUGGAGCCUGGGAGCAGCUUCAGUGACCCACAGUGCUCUGGCAAAGGUAGAUGUGUCACGCAACCCUCUGAGAGUACCUUCUUCUGCGACUGCGACGACAGCUACACCGGCAUCUUCUGUGAGGAGCUGGACGCCUGCCACCACAGACCGUGUCGCAACAACGGGACCUGCUCCGACGUGAGGCAGGGGUCCCAGGGCCGCAACUUCACCUGCCUCUGCCCCCCAGGUUAUGAAGGCGAGCGCUGCCAGAGCCUGGUGGACCACUGCCUCUCCCAGCCCUGCAAGAACAAAGCCACAUGUUUCAGCAGCUUGGCCGGGCCCAGGUGCUACUGUCCCGAAGGGUACCAGGGCCCCACAUGCGAGCAGAAGGUGGACCCCUGUGCCUCCAGUCCGUGUCACAACAACGGGACAUGUUACCCCCAGGGGCCUGGCCCGCUUGGCUUUGGCUGCAGCUGUCCCGCAGGCUUCACGGGGCCCACGUGUGCUCAGCUGGUGGACUUCUGCGCCCUCAACCCCUGUGCCCAUGGGGUCUGCCGCAGUGUGGGCAACAGCUACAGGUGCCUCUGCAUCCCAGGUUACCACGGCCUGUACUGUGAGGAAGAGUACAACGAGUGUCUGUCUGCGCCCUGCCAGAACUACGCCACCUGCAGAGACCUCAUCAACGCUUACGAAUGCGUCUGCACCUCUCAGUUUGAAGGCAGACACUGUGAGAUCUACAAAGACCCCUGUCUGAGGAUGCGCUGUCAGAACAGUGGCCGCUGCGAGAGCACAGGGCUCAACGCCUCAUGCAUCUGUGCGCCAGGGUUCCAUGGCGAGAAGUGUGAGAUCGACAUCAAUGAGUGCGAGAGUAACCCCUGUCACCACGGCGGCUCCUGCGUGGACCAAUCAAACGGCUUCAGCUGCCACUGUCCGCCCGGGUGGGUGGGGCCCAGCUGUGAGAUCCACCUGCAGUGGAAGCCGGCGCACCCUGACGACGCGCUCACCAACAUGCCUCGUCACUCGCUCUACAUCAUCAUCGGGGCUCUGUGCGUGGCCUUCGUCCUCAUGCUCAUCAUCCUCAUCGUGGGCAUCUGCCGCAUCAGCCGCAUCGAGUACCAGGGCUCGUCCCGCCACGCCUACCACGAGUUCUACAACUGCCGCAGCAUCGACAGCGAGUUCAGCAACGCCAUCGCCUCCAUCCGCCACGCCCGAUUUGGAAAGAAGUCCCGGCCCGCCAUGUAUGAAGCCACCCCCAUUGCUUAUGAAGACUACAGUCCUGAAGAUAAGCCUUUGGUUACUCUCAUUAAAACAAAGGAUUUGUAA